CGUACACAUACUACACACGCAUACAUACAUACAUACAUACGGCAUACUACUAAAUCGAGCAAAGAAAGAAUUAGUGGUAGACAGACGAAGAAAGUUAACUUCAAUAAUUAUUGAACAAAAGCAGCAAAAGUAUGUGUGCUCAACAAAAAGGAAAAGGAAAAAUGGUUAGAUUCAUUGAUUGAUUGACUAAUUGAAACAAAAACUCUAAGGCAAAGCUCUUCCUUUCUUCCUUCCUUCAUUUGCAUACUCACAGCUUUCAUUCCAAUGGGGAUUUGCUGGAGUUCGACACCUAACAAUCCAAUUCCAACUGGAACCGUUACACCUGCAGGGAUAUCUUAUUCCCAAGCGGCCUCCAGUGGCAGCUACGGUACUAAUAGUACUAUCACUUCUUCUACUGCAACAACUACUACUUUUACUACUUCUUCUGGAAGCAGUAGUAACAUGUCCUCCUCCUCCUCCUCCAUAAACAGAAGCAACUUCUCCUCCGUCUCUGAUUAUUCAAUUGGUGGUCAGAUCUUACCUACUUCUAAUCUUAGGGUCUUCACUUUUGCUGAAUUGAAGACUGCUACCAAGAAUUUCAGACUUGAUAAUCUCCUUGGAGAAGGUGGUUUUGGUAAAGUUUACAAGGGAUGGCUUGAAUCUUCCAGGAAUUCCAGUGGAACUACCGUUGCCGUCAAAAAGUUAAACACUGAAGGCUACCAAGGCUUCGAGGAAUGGCAGUCAGAAAUACAUUUUCUGGGACGCCUUUAUCAUCCUAACCUUGUUAAGCUGUUGGGUUACUGUUAUGAGGAAACAGAGCUUCUUCUUGUCUAUGAAUACAUGCAGAGGGGCAGUUUGGAGAAUCACCUCUUUGGAAGAGGUGCUGCUGUUCAACCACUUCCUUGGGACCUCAGACUUAAGAUAGCAAUUGGCGCUGCUUGUGGCCUUUCCUUCUUACAUACUUCCGAUAGAGAAAUUAUUUACAGAGAUUUUAAGGCAUCCAAUAUAUUGCUCGAUGGGUCCUAUAAUGCCAAGAUAUCAGAUUUUGGACUUGCUAAGCUGGGUCCUUCUGCUAGUCAAUCCCAUUUGUCAACAACAGUGAUGGGAACACCUGGUUAUGCAGCUCCUGAAUAUAUGCAAACAGGUCAUCUAUAUGUAAAGAGUGAUGUCUAUGGGUUUGGAGUUGUUUUGGUCGAGAUACUCACAGGUCUACGAGCAGUUGAUCUCAACCGUCCAAGCGGCCGUCACAUUCUAACAGACUGGAUCAAACCAGAAUUACAAGAUAGAAAAAAAUUGAAGAAGGUUAUGGAUCCACAAUUGGGAGAUAAGUAUCCAAUCAAAGCUGCACUUCCUAUAGCUAAGCUUGCUAUAAGUUGCCUUGCACCUGAGCCCAAACUGCGUCCAUCCAUGAGGGAUGUUUUGGAAAGGUUGCAGGGAAUUCAAGCUGCCACUAACAGAACCGUGGAAGUUAGGGGUGCAAAUUAAUGAAUGAAUCCUAUUUAUAUGUGAAUGAAUUAAUGGAGAGGCUAUUGGUUGUUCAUUUUGUAUUUUCCUUGAACUCAAGUAGCUAGCAAUGAAAUUUGUGGAUUUGAUAUGCAUGCCUCUAGUUAGUUGAUUGUAUUGUAUCUUGUACUUAUAGCUCUAUAUUAGAAUCCCAAAUUUUCAUUUUGGAUUUUAAACAAACUGAUAUAAAGAUUGUCAAAAGUAACAAGAGUAGGAUCUGGUUGGUUUGCUGUCUGAUCUUAGUAGUUUUAGAUACUCUUAUUCACCAUAUAUAGUAUAAGCAACAUUGAUAAGUGAUAA